UACGUGUAUGCUGUCGCUGUCAUUAUCUUGUCAAGUAAUGAGCAUCAUAAAUUAUUUGCAUUACGCUCUUAGAUAGUAUUUUUGGAUAAUUAAACCCGGUAAAGUAUAUAACAAAAAUGUUUAUCGCUCCCAUCGUUGUUACUAUACUAGUCACAUUAAUUAGUGGAAUAUUUUCCAAAAGCGUAGAGUUAACUUUCGAACUCCCUGAUAGUGCUGUAGAGUGUUUUUAUCAAGACAUUGAAAAGAAUACUUCGGCUUCAUUAGAAUACCAGGUUAUUACUGGUGGACAGUAUGAUGUCGACGUAAAAGUAGAAGGUCCUAAUAAGCAAAUAAUAUAUCAGCAACAGAAAAUGCAAUAUGAUUCACAUCAAUUUACAGCACAAUAUACAGGUGUGUACAAAGUGUGCUUCAGCAAUGAAUUCAGUACUUUCUCACAUAAACUUGUGUAUAUGGAACUGAAUGUUGGACCUGAACAACCACUACCAGGAGUUGGAGACCAUGCUACAGUACUUACACAGUUGGAAACUUCUGCAGAAGAAAUUCAUUCUGCACUAAACAGGAUAAUUGAUCAUCAAACCCAUCACAGAUUAAGAGAGGCUCAAAGUCGCAAGCGAGCGGAAGAUCUCAAUGAGAGAGUGUUCUGGUGGUCAAUGGGAGAGACACUGGCUAUUGUAUGCGUAACUUUUGUACAGGUCAUGGUUCUCAAGAACUUCUUCAGUGACCGACCAACACUAUACAAUAGAAUGUAAUAGUAAAUGUUUAAUAGUUUAUUUAUUAAUAUAAUUCAUGGAUUGAA